AACUCGUCUACUACAUGGGAGCCAAUGAUAUAGCAAAGGAGGGAGGAUGGCAAUGGCAGGAGAGCGGAGAAUCCCUCACGUACAGCAACUGGAAUACGGGUGAACCUAAUAACCAUGGGCACGUUGAGGACUGUGGGACACUGGUAGGAGGCCAAGGUUUUUGGAACGAUAUGCCCUGUUCAACAAAACUGAUGUUUAUAUGCGAGAUGGAAGCGGCGCCGCCAACUGUAUCGCCUACACAACCACCAACGAAGGUUACACCAGAAUCAACACCUAUGGCAUCAACCAUUGACAAUGAUAACCUGGCAGAAGACAAAAGCAGUUAUAACAUUUGCAGUUGCCGAUGCAAACUGUUCGCGGGAAAACCUUUGAAUAUCACCUCAGAUGAUCUCAAUGUGAUGAUGGCAAGAACACGACAGGAACUUACAGUCGACAAAAGGAGGACGUCUUUAUUCAACCGGACAAAGUUGAGCAUCGAGGAUCGUCGUUUGUCAUCUCAAGUCUUGGGAUUCUUUGGAGCGAGUAUCCUAACCCUGUUGUUUAUUUGUAUUGCUUUACCAGAUUUACUAGCAUGUCUGAGGUCCAUUUACAGUAAACGUUUACACCACCAGCAUUGUCAAUACCUGUGAAAUGUUGGCUAUUUUUCAACUAAA